GUAAUCUGCAACAGAUGACAUCUUGGGGGAUGAGAGAGUCUGGCGGAGGCAAAUGUUUCCUUGGUUGGAGCCACAUCAGUUCGCCAACGGCUGUGCAGGGAUAUCUCAAUACAGCUUCAAAUCGCUAUGCAGUCGUGCUAUACCUAAACAUAAUCUAAAUGUCUGUACUCGGGCGGCAGUGCAUCCGUAAAGCUUUAAUUCCUGGCGAGGAAGAAUUUGGCGAACCUGGACUGAAACAAAGGAAUGUAUUGAGUGAGUUGUUGUUUGCGUAUCACUGGAAUGGCAUAUUUGCUCUACAACUUUCUUUUGCUGGGCAGUGGAGCGCUUUUAUUAUUCGCGCCUGUUUGCGCCAUUUGUCCUGAAACAUGCGACUGCCAGCACGCGCAGCAUAUCCUGUGCGCAAAUCGCGGUCUGCGCGCGGUGCCCAAAGCGCCGCAGGUGGAGCGCGCAGGGGAUGUACGGGUUCUCAGUCUUGCGGGAAACUUCAUUCACAACCUCAGCGCCUUCGACUUCAUGCGCUAUGGUAACCUAAUGAGGCUUAAUCUCCAGUUUAACCAAAUAAGGAAUAUACACCCUAAAGCAUUCGAGAAACUUUCCAAGCUGGAGGAACUAUAUCUGGGUAACAACUUACUCUCGGCAAUACAACCUGGGACUUUACAGUCGCUGAAAAAACUCACAAUAUUGUAUAGCAAUAACAACGAAAUCAAGGACAUUACUUCCGAAUCUUUUAGUCAUUUAAAUAGUUUAGUCAAACUGAGACUUGAUGGAAAUUCUAUUGAGUUUUUAAAACAAUCCGUUUUCAAAGGUCUGACAAAUUUAAUGUUUCUGCACUUAGAAUCGAACCAGCUUCGCCAUAUUGAUCGAAAUGCGUUUUCGCGGCUCAGCAAACUGCAGUUUUUAAAUCUAUCGGACAAUAAACAAACAGAACUGCGCGACAUUUUUAUGUUUUCCCAUCUUAAGUCACUAACUACUCUUCUAAUAAAAAGCAACCAAAUAAGGCACAUUGGAAAUCGCGUCUUUCAUAAGUUGAAAAAGCUAACAAAACUUUCGCUGAGCCACAACAAGAUAUUAAAACUGGACAACGAAGCCCUCAAAGGGCUCGCGCGCGUUAAAGAAUUCGAGAUAGACAAGAACGAGCUGACAGAGAUCGUGGCUGGUCUGCUGGACCCGCUCGAGCGCAUCGAACACCUCGACUUUAGUGACAAUCACAUAUCUCGCGUGGACCCCGGUGCUUUCGGCCACCUUUCACAUCUAAAAACCUUAAAAUUGAAAAACAAUCGUCUUAUUAAUCUCUCCGGCGGAAUUUUCGCCACAAACGGCGUUUUGUUUCACGUAGAACUGAAUGGGAAUAACUGGACAUGCGACUGCCGCAUGGAGAAGCUUAAAAGCUGGUUGACGCAUGCGCAUUCUCAUGGAAAGCUGUUGACCGUGUUUGUACGCUGCCUUCACCCCCCAGCGCUGGCGGGAAAAUACUUGGACUAUGUCAGCAACUCGCAGCUGGGUAAUAUGAGUGGCUAUUGCGAGUCUGAACCUCUGUCUCACCCAAUGGAGAGCCGUGGAGCAGUAGUAGAGGCAUCGAUUCUCAAGGAGGAAAGAGAGAAGCGAGAAGGAGAGAAACAUGAAGAAGUAGGGGUUCAAGGGGAUCAAGGGGAGCAAGGGCUUGUGACAACAUUUGAAAGAAAGAAGAAAAGGAAACUAGUCAGCUCAAGGCCAAGAUCCACAGCUGGAAAAAAUGCCUCCUUAUCUGAUUUUUCCACAACAAUGUCUACGUUCCUGAUAGGCCACAACAACACCCACAACCACAGCACCUUUGCUUCGGCCCAACAGGAGCAGUUCAACCUGCCCUUACAGGACAGAGCCAAGCAUCAUGACUCAAGAAUAGCAGUGAUCACUGAUGCAUGUCAAUUCAACCAUCACUCCAUCCUGAAUGUUAGCGUGGAAGAUGUCACUUCCAAUACAGCCACUGUCCAUUGGAGCACAACCCCCGAUGUUGGACUAGUUCAUGGGAAAGAGCUUCUCUUCCGGGUUUUAUUUGACCGUUUCGGCCAUGCUUUCCGCUUCCCACGCUAUGUUUACAUAGAUGGAACUGACCGGGCGGUGACCCUCCAAGAGCUCCGCCCAGACUCCACCUACAUCACCUGUGUGGAGAGUGUAGUGGACGGGGCUUUGUGCCAGGUUGCCCCCAGAGAUCACUGCACUGGAUUUGUUACACUUUUGCCCUUGGUGACAAGUGAGGUCAACCUACAGCUCGUCACAGUAGCAGCCCUUACAGCCAAUGCUCUGCUCCUUCUUCUGGUGGGUGGAAUCUGGCUGGGGCGUGUGUUGAAGAGGCGGAUCAGAAACAGGAAGUCAUCAGCUCAUGCACAUGUACGUCACAUGUACUCAACUAGACAUCCGUUUCGCUCGACUGUGGCUACUACCUGUGUCUCUUCUGAAUUCAGUGGUUACCAGAGUGGCAGACAACUGGCUGAAGAAGGUGACCUCAUCCAGUUCCCCGGCGAACGUUUCUUUGACAACAGCCCCGCACGAAGAGAUGAUGAUGUCAUAAUGCUUAGAUACUCAGACUGAAGUGUUUUGUGUAUCUGAAAAUACACAAUUUUGGCACACAAAUUAUUUUUGCCAAAACCACUGAAAUUGUAAAUCUUUUCUUUUCUUUUUCUUAUUUUCUUUCGGUUGAUUGUCUAAACCUCAGCUGCUGGUUGGCAGAAUUGCUUGGUUUUGGAAUUAAUGUAUUUCUGUCCUUGUUGAAAAUGUAUUACUUUUGUAUUACUAUCAACUGAAGUACAGCACAAGCGAAUUCAUUUGUUAAAGUUUAUACAUUUCACCUUUUUUUUGCAAUAAAUACAUAGGAGUUAAUAGUGAUUGUGCAUA